UGUCACGGAAAAUGGCGUCUGCAUUCGGUCACUUUGGCCGCAGAUCAAUACAAUUUACGGGCUUUCGAAGAAUAUUGCAUUAUGAUCCGUGUAACGUUGUGCAGCGCUCUACUUCCGAGAUAAGGUCCUUUCAUUUGAACAGGAAUGUUGAUGCAUCCAUCCCAGUGGCCAUGCCGGCUCUUUCACCCACAAUGACUGAGGGAACAAUAGUUAAAUGGCACAAAAAGGAAGGUGACCCCAUUUCCCCUGGAGACAUGUUGUGUGAUAUCCAGACAGACAAAGCGGUUAUUACGUUUGACAUAGAAGAGGAGGGUAUACUGGCCAAAAUUCUGAAAGCAGAGAACUCCAAAAAUGUGAAAAUAGGCUCCAUGAUAGCUGUGAUGGUUGAGGAAGGCGAGGAUUGGCAGAAUGCUGAGAUACCAGAAUCAUCAGAGUCAUCAUCAGAAGCAUCUACGUCAAGUGAGCCAUCCAGUGCGCCGUCAGCUGGGGAACCAACAGCAAGGAUUAGGAUGAGUCCUGCAGCAAGAAAGAUGAUGGAGGAAUAUAACAUUUCUAGUCCUCAGACGGUCCCCGCCACUGGGCCCCACGGCAUGGUCAACAAGGGUGAUGUUCUGAAGUAUAUUCAGACACAGCAUCUAACAAAAAUUGAUUUAAGAAAAGCUGCUCAAGUCCCCCCCUCUCCCCAAAAGUCAACCCCCACAACACCUUCUACACCAACAAGUUCCCCAGUGACCAGGGUACCACCAUCCAUCACAGUAUCACCAGAGGGUGGCUACCAGGACAUAGAAACCACCAACAUGAGGCGGGUGAUAGCUAAACGUCUUACAGAGUCAAAGACAAUGAUUCCCCAUUCCUAUGUGUCUAUUGAAUGUAAGGUGGAUGCUGCUAUGAAAUUGAGAAAGAAGUUUAUUGCUUCUGGAACCAAAAUAUCAAUGAAUGAUAUCAUUGUGAAGGCAGCGGGUUACUCAUUGCAGCGUGUUCAGAAAGUGAACUCCCAUUGGUCAGGGGACAGCAUCCAGAUCCAGCCCACUGUGGACAUCUCGGUGGCUGUGGCAACAGAUAGUGGACUCAUUACCCCUAUUGUUAGGAAUGCUGCAGAAUUAAGCUUAUCACAGAUAUCUUCCACAACUAAGGCAUUAGCUGUGAAAGCCAGAGAUGGAAAGUUACAACCCCAAGAGUUUCAGGGAGGAUCAUUCACGAUCUCUAACCUAGGAAUGUUUGGUAUCGGAGAGUUCUCUGCCAUCAUCAACCCACCCCAGACGGCUGUCCUAGCGGUGGGGACCUCUGUGCUCAAGCCGUCUGCAGAGGGAAAACCCUGCUCUUAUCUCACCGUUAAAAUGUCGUAUGACAGUCGUGCAAUAGACGAAACAGAAGCUUCCCAAUUUCUGGAGAAAUUUCAGCAAGUGAUGGAAAACCCGUCAUUGUUGAUGGUUUGAGAAUGGAGGCUUUUAUUGAAUGACUGGGGCUGAUUUAUUAUUUAAGUUUAUAACAUAUUCAGUUAGUGCUUAAGUUGUUGUAAUGUAAUAUUGAGUACAUGUAUUUGCUUCCAUGAGAUCAUAACUUGAAAGUUUUAAGUUAAGUCUUUUCGUUAGAGUGAUGGAGGAAAUAUCUCAGUUGUUUGCUGUACUGAUCAUUGUUAUUUACUUGUAUAGGUCGCUGUUUUGUUACAUAUGAGAUAUAUUUGUAGGGAUGUAAUAUGAAAUAACAAAUUAAGUUAACAUUUAAUGACUUAUAGUAAGUGUUGGUUGAUACAUAAAAGAAAUGAGUAAUGUGAAUUAAAGGUUAAGAUUGUUUUA